CUGUGGGCAUCAACAUUGUGCUCUGACAGGCUUUACAUUUCAAAUGAGGUACGCUUAUUGCAGCCACGCAUCUUAUUUUGAAAAUCUGCUCCGAAAGCCGAUGUAACUUCUGCCCUUGACACUGAAGUGGAGGCUGGUUGACAAAACUUCUCCAGAGAUGUUCCAUUUUUAAACGAUGACCCCGCGUCUGUCAGGGGUAUCUAAUGUCUACAUGUCCGUGUGAAGGUCCUCAGACACCGGGUUGCUCAGUUCGCCGACCCGCUCGGACUCGUACCGCCGCUGUUAGCUCGCAGACUGUCCUUUCAGCUAGCCUGAAGCUAACCAGCUAGCUACCAACUGGCCACUCAGCCACCGACCGAGGUGCUGCUGCUCCCGGUGUGUUCUCGUCCCCCCCUCCGGGACCUCCGGCACAGUGAGUGAUGUGGAAAGUAACUUUGCAAGCGCUCGCUGUUUUGCUACUGGCCUGGUUCUGCGGGAACUUUGUUCUGGGUUGGUUUCAACAGAACAACGUAAAGCCCCAAACGCAGCACCGGGAGCGUCCGGACAGCAGCGCCGCCGCCAGCCAGGACCAGAGCUGCUUCUGCCAUCUCACAGGAGUCCUGGAUGACUGCUUCUGCGAUGUCGAAAGCAUCGACGUCUUCAACAACUUCAAGAUUUAUCCUAGCAUCAAAAAGCUGACAGAGAGAGACUACUUCAGAUACUACAAGGUGAACCUGAAGCGACCGUGUCCUUUCUGGCCUGACGAUGGACACUGCGCCAUCAAAGACUGCCAUGUGGAGCCCUGCCCAGAGAGUGAGGUUCCCAUCGGCAUCAAGUCUGGGAACUACAACAAGUACUCCCAGGCAGCCAAUACGAUGCUGGACGUGACUGAGUGCGAGCAGGCCAAAGAGCUGGGCGCCAUCAACAGCACCCUGAGCAACCAGAGCAAAGAGGCGUUCGCUGACUGGGCGAGACACGACGAUGCUCAGGAUCACUUCUGUGAGCUGGAUGAUGAGACCUCCCCAGAUGCUGAGUACGUGGAUCUGCUGCUGAAUCCCGAACGGUUCACUGGAUAUAAAGGUCCUUCAGCCUGGAGAGUCUGGAACAGCAUCUACGAGGAAAACUGCUUCAAGCCCAGAUCGGUGUACCGACCUCUGAACCCUCUGGCUCCCAGCAGAGGAGACGACGAUGGAGAGGGUUUCUACAACUGGCUCGAAGGUUUGUGUUUGGAGAAGAGAGUUUUCUACCGACUCAUUUCGGGCCUUCACAGCAGCAUCAACAUCCACCUGUGUGCCGAGUACCUCCUGGACGAGGGCUGGGGCCGCUCGGUGUGGGGUCCAAAUGUCCAGGAGUUCCGUCAGCGCUUCGACACGGCGGAGACGAAGGGCGAAGGCACCCGGCGGCUGAAGAACCUCUACUUCCUGUACCUGAUCGAGCUGCGAGCGCUCUACAAGGUGGCGCCGUACUUCGAGCGGGCCAUCGUCAACCUGUACACGGGAAACUCUCAGGAGGACGGAGACACCAAGGACUUGCUGCUGCAGUUUUUCAACGAGAUCAAAGCUUUCCCGAUGCACUUCGAUGAGAGGUCCAUGUUUGCUGGACACAAAAUGGAAGCCAAAACAUUAAAGGAGGAAUUCCGCCUCCAUUUUAAAAACAUCUCCAGGAUCAUGGACUGCGUCGGCUGCAGUAAAUGUAGACUGUGGGGGAAGCUACAGACCCAGGGUCUGGGGACAGCUCUGAAGGUGCUCUUCUCUGAGAAGGAGAUCAAGAACCUCCCUGAGCACAGCCCAUCUAAAGGCUUCCAGCUGACUCGACAGGAGAUUGUGGCGCUACUGAACGGCUUCGGCAGGUUGUCCACCAGUAUACAUCAGCUCCACAACUUCCGCCUGCUGCUGAAGGAGAAGAGGUAACCGGAGGCGAUGCUCCACCUGGCCAGCAGGCGGCGCCAGCCCACAGAGAACUGCAGCGGUCUAACUCUUGGCCAGAAGAAGGCAUUAUUCACUAACAUCAGGAUCAGUGUUGAACCUAUCGACACCUUUUCACCGAUUUUGAUCCCAUGAAUCUCUUUUAUUUUCCCCCUUUGCAUCUUCCUCCCUCUCCAUGUGGUGGAUCAUUGAUUUUAAUACUUCUGCCUCCUCUUGCCUUCGGCAGAAAAGUCUGAUGUGUUUUUGUCUGCUGUCAAACUCGUCAGCCGAGUGACUAACUUUGACCUUUUUUUUUUAAUUUAAAUACUUUUUAGUCUCUUUUGAGAAGUUGACCCUGAAAAAGCUGCAAGUUGUUGUGACGUUAAACAGCCUGAAGGAAACGAUCAGAUGUUUGGACCGAAGCGAAGCCACAGAUCACAGAAUCAGGAUGCGUGGACGCGAACGAAACUGUGUCCAGCAGCCAGCGACUGAGUUUCAUUUAUCUGUUAGAGAAGUUUUCUUUGACGUCACCGUUUGUAUGUUUCCUACAGACCCCUCUCUCUGUGGACACCUGGUUGGUUUUUACACUGAUAGUAUGAACCUGAUUCAAGCUUUCACGGCUCUUCUGGAUGCAGGAUGCAGAAAGACUUCCAGAAGGACUCGGGCACAUGAAACUGCAUUCGGGCCGUCGGGAUAAGGCUGCCUAUUUUAUUUGUUUUGUUUCCUUUUUGUUUUUUGCUUCUUAGCUGCCUAUUUUACUUUUUAAUUGAACUUUAUUUAAUUUGUCCUCUCCUGUGCGUCUCACCCGAUGCUACUUAGAGUGGUUUGUCGCUCAAAGCUUGAGAAGUAGGACCAAUGUGCUUGUGUUUACCAUCUCAGGCCUAAUUUAUGUCGGCUCUCUAGACAAAGUGUGUGUGUGUGUGUGUGUGAGAAGUGAGUUGGACGGUAACUGUGCUACUCUGACCUGUGUUUUGCUGCCGGUCAGUCGCCGCCGUGUGCUUCUUACUCUGCUACUUGGCAGUACGAUGAUGAGCGCAAGGCUUGGCGAUAAAUUCAGCGACUGCACAGAGCUGGUUCCAGAAGCGUGAGCAGGCAGAGCUCCUCUUUAAAGGACUUCUGUCUGAUCGCAGUUGCUGAUGUAUUAACUUCACAGAGCUACUGAUGCAAGUCCAGCUGCUGCUGCUGCUGGUUAUCAAAUCAAUUAAAGCUUCGUUCCUUUUUCCAGACUGA